UUCCGGAGUUAGCCGGAACUUAGCUGAUCCAGGAAAAGAUGAAGGGAUGGUUCGACGCCUUUCGCAACGACGGCGGUCCGACGCUCUACAGUUACAACAACCGCACUCCCGUCACCGGUGAUGUUCCCUUGGUUAUCGUAUUCGUGGUAUUCGGCACCCUGUUCACAGCAUUUCUAGUCAUAUUCCCGGGCGUCAGGAAAGAGCGGUUAACCACAUUUCUCACGGUUACCCUGAGCCUCUUCGUGGGUGCGACGAUUCAAGUGGCGCAAUACGGCUCAUCCUGGCAUACGAGCUCCGCUACCAUUGUCAGCUCUUACAGCGCUUUCUCCAAGCAUAAGGCAACGGCCGACAUAGGCGGUUACAUCGGUUUAAUGCACAUCAAUAUAACAUACAGGCUAUUGCCAAGUAGCGAGCAGACGAGCGGUGACGUCGAGUAUAAUGAACGGUUUUGGUGGCGGAGUUCUGGCGAGAUGUCCAGCGCCUUCAAGCAGGCCCUUCAUCAGGGCGCGCCGUUUCCCAUUGUCUCGUUGGCGGAGUACUUCAGUCUACAUCAAGAGGGAUUCUCCUGGGGUUCGCGAUAUCGUGAAGCUGGAUAUUAUGCUUCGAUAAUGUUGUGGACCUCUUUUGCCUCAUGGCUAAUGAUGAAUUUGUUACUUAUGGUGGUACCGCGAUAUGGAGCAUAUGGUAUGAUCUUUACGGGUUUAUGUAUGCUGUUAACAAACGUGAUCUACACGGCACUCUUACCAUGUGAGCCUCUGAUAGCUCACAUCGAGGGCUCGAUCCUUUCUUUCAACCUUGGUUGGAAUUACUGGUUGGUGUUAUCAGCUGGUGCCGCGUGUCUCUUUGCGGGACUCGUAAUAACAGCUAUAGACAUGAUUUUCCCUCAUCAAUUUUCAACCAUACUCGAAGUUGACUACGACACGCCGUACGAUAGACACGUCAUUAUAGAGGAAAGUUUCGAUACGCGUAACGUUAGACGGAAAGUUCCUAAGAUUGAAGAUUCGUUCGGUGAUCGAAUAAUGAGUCAACUGUCAUCUAAACUUCAAAGUAGACAUGCCGUUAGAGAGGAUACCGAAGGUGUCAUUAAUCGAGGCUAUACGUCGCACGAGUUGUCCGAAUUCCCGCAAGAAAUUGGUGAUGACUCCAGUAAGAGUAAUUGGUCGUAUCCAUUCCCGCCAACCUCACGCAGAACCAUUAAUGGCUAAUAUUCAUCAAUUUUCC